AUGGCAUCUACUCUACCAAAUUUAUGUUUUGCUGAAAUUUUCAAAUACUUUGAUGAAGAUGAAAAAAUUCCACAACUUUUUUCAUGUUUUCUCGUUAACCGUCACUGGUGCCGAAACACAGUUUCUUUCUUGUGGGAAGACCCAUUUUACAAGAGAAAAUCACUCACUCUCUUUCAAACACUGUUGACUUGUCUUGAUAAGGAAGACAAACAAAAGUAUUUGCCAAAUUUGGCGAAAUAUACACCAGCAUUUUAUUAUUAUGAAUUCAUCAAAUCCGUGAAUAUUUGCUUGCUUUUUGAGUCGGCAAACGGGUUGGCAAUCAACCAAGUGAAUUUGGUAAAGAUUCUGUUUAGAAAACUAAUCAGCUCUGAUAAAUUUCUUUAUCGACUUGAUCUCAAUUACACGCUGGCCGGGUACGAGUGGCUUGACUACGAGAACGGGUACCAAUUGUUCUCUAACGAUGAUUGGAAUCCUUUUAAUUUGCCAGGGGCUUGUCAAUCGUUAUCUCAGGUUCGAUGUUUGACUCUUGACGAAAAUAGUUUGGAGAUAAUGCUUCCGGAGGCUCCACGUUACUGUCCUUACUUACAAGAACUUUGCAUUGUUGUGUAUCCACAAAUCGAAGAAGGUUUGCAAGAUGAGGAGCAACAGAAACCUUAUCUCAGUAUUCUUACUAAAAUGCUACCAUACAUUUAUCUUUGGAGUAAUUUACAAUAUCUCCGAAUAGAAGAUGGUUUCCUUAAACAUAAAUCCUGUCAUUUCAUAGAAGCAGACGAUUUUAUAUUUAAUCUGGGAAUCUCUUUACCCGCCAAUCACUUUCGGCAUAUCUAUUGCAAUCUCAAUUUGGAAUUUGGGUCAAUGGCUUUACAAUACUUUCUCGAAUUGACCAGAGCGAAAUGCGAAAAACUUUCACUGCCAAACUGUUGCAUUUUCGACACACAUCUUAAAGUCAUUACACAAUACGCUCAAGAUAUCGGACUAAAAAAACUUGAUAUCACGAACGCGUCCAUUUCUGACGAUCAGGUUCUCAAGGACGCGAGAAAUGUCAUACUAGAAAUUGAAUAUUCAAAUGAUUUUAGUAGUUACGAGUCUGAUGAUUUUUAUUUUUUUGACGAUGAUGACCGUUAUUAUUCUGAUAGCGAACAUAGCUCGUAUAAUGAUGACAUUUUUGUAUAUGAACCUGAUUAUUAUU